CAUGUGAUCCAGAGUCUCCUGGAGUAGAAGUCGUGCUAGUCGCCUCUGUCUGGGUACCAGCCCCCUAUUAAUCUGCAGGCAUGUGAAGGAAGAAGAAAACUAGCUCGGAUCACACAGAUCUGUAGAUCGCGACGCAGAUCUUGGCGAGAGAAGGAGCAAAGUGCUUUGCUUGGAACUGUGGAGGGCCGUGUGAAGUUUUCCAUUGCCACCUACCUCUCUAUUUCUUCUGCUGCCAAACUGUCCAUCUUCAAUGUAGAGGGAACAGUGACAACAGAAACAAGGGAAGAAGGAACUCACCUGACUUUGUUAAAGAUUCAUACACAGAACUACAGAAACAUAAGAAAGGAGGAAUAUUACUACUCUGCGUGAACCAUUCUGGCACUAAAAUAACUCUUCAAUCGAGUAGAGGAAGACACUAUCCCAUCCCGCCCAAAGACUGGCACAGACUGAAGCAUGGGCCGGGCCCGGGAAAUGGGGUGGAUGGCAGCAGGACUGAUGAUUGGGGCUGGGGCUUGUUACUGUGUUUACAAACUGACAGUAGGAAAGGAUGACAAUGACAAGCCUGAGGAAGAAGAAGAUGAGUGGGGGGAUGACCAGGAGCUGGAUGAUGACGAGCCCAAGAUUUGGUUCAAUUUCACAGCUAUGGCUCGACCCUGGAAUGAGGACAGGGAUUGGACAGAACCUGGGGCACCAGGUGGCACUGAGGACAGGCCCUCAGGGGGAGGAAAGGCCAACAGAGCUCACCCAAUGAGACAGCGGCCAUUUCCCUAUGAACAUAAAAAUACAUGGAGUGCUCAAAGCUUUAAAAAUAUAAGUUAUACUUUUGAGCUCUCCAGGUAUCCUCCCAUUCCGGGAAGACUGUUGUUUUCUGAGCCCAAGGAUGCUGCUUUUUCACAGAGCUGCGAUGUCCACAGACAUUCAGCCAGCCCCUCAGUCACUGGAAGCUCAACCCCCACUCCCCACCCCACGGGUGAGAGGAAGGCUUUGUGCGCCCCAGAUCACUUGAAUGGCAGCAUUGAAAAUCGGGGCCAGAUUAAGAUGUACGCCGAUGAGGUGUGUCGGGAGACUGUGUCACCUUGCUGCAACUCAUUUCUGCAGCAGGCCGGAUUAAAUUUGUUAAUAAGCAUGACAGUUAUUAAUAACAUGCUCGCCAAGUCUGCUUCAGACUUGAAGUUUCCUUUGCUAUCUGAGGGAAGUGGAUGUGCUCAGGUUCAGCUUUGGAAACUGCUGAAGGGUUUGUCUGAAAAGCCAGUCUUGGCGGGGCAGUUGCUGGGUGUCCAAGUGCUGUUCCCAGUCAGGAUAAACAGAAGUGGAAAUAGAGAGCUUCUCCUAGAAAUGCUCACCACUUAGGCAGCCACGUGGAGCAGAAUGGGACCGCCUCUCCCCAAACCCCCUUUGGUUUGCAGAUGCCAAAGAAUGCACACUGGGUGCCACUGAGGAUUCGGCCUUGGCCAGUCACCGGUCCCCAGGUGAGAGUUCCAGUGGCUAAAUCGAAGACUACACCCACUGGCCAGGCAGGGGCCCCCGCAGAGCUUAGGGUGACUUCUUGGUUUUGCAGUCUCAGGCAAAGGGCACUGUGAAGUACUCCCUUGCAGCCUUCCUCAGGCUGUAAAGGCAUCUCUGUAGCCUGCCAGCUGCGGCUAAAGAACAUCAACUUACUGCAUCACCAGUGCUGCUGUUGCCUCUGCUGGUCUCCCUGUCUAAGCAGAACCGCUUCGCAGAGACCAGAUCCAUAAGGGGAACUUGGGCCGAAAGUGCAUUUGCCACUCACUGCUUACGUGGAAGUAUUCUCCCUGUAGCCUUUCUUCUAACACCAGCUGAUGGAUGGCUAAUGCAUCUGUUCAUCCAAAAAGAGCACUCCCCUUCUAUCCAUACUACCGACUUCGCCUCGCCCCCAAAGUCCGCAUCUGUGUGUAUCCUCAAUAAACCUGUGUGCUUUGAUUGGCAAAAUGAA